AUGAAAUAUCUACAAUCGUUCGUUUAUCUUGUAUUGUUCCAAUUGGCAUUGGUAUUUGGAAGAUCCAAUCGUCGUUUAACAUUGACUUACAAUUCAAAUGCUGCUUGUAUCGCUAUCAAUCAAACGUUACCAAUUACUAAAAUUACCCUUGAUUUCCACGAUGUUAACAAUGAACAAAUCCCAUUGCUCAUUAGUGAAUACAUUGAUACUUUCAAGUUUAGAAACGUGCCAAAUUUGAUGAUUUUGCCAAUUACACUUAUCUCGAAACAAUCAUUUAUUAAAGCUAAUGGGGAAACAAAAAAUGUGGAAUUUGACUUGCAACUUAGAAAAUCAUUUACAUUCCCUGAAACUGUUUAUAAUAAAACAAUCACUAAUGAUGGUUUGGUUGAAUAUAAUGUUACAAAACCUGGAGUUUAUUGUAUCUAUCUCCCAUUGUAUUCUUAUGAUGAUGUCAAGACACAUCCAUUGAGAUAUUACACCCAUGUUACUGUUGAAAAUGAAGCACUUUCACCAAAUGUCUUGAAUGAAAUUUCUACUCAAGUUAAUUUGGUUCUUAUGUUUGGUUCAUUUGUUGUCGUUGUGGCUUAUUUUUAUCCUAUGAUUAGAACCAGUGGAGGUGCAGCUAAAUUGCCUCCGGUUUUGAAUCAAAUUUUCCCAUUCUUGGUUACAAAUUUAGUUUAUCGUCUUGUGUUCUUUGAUUUUAUGGGCAUUUUAUUUCUUCUAUCCUAG